ACAUGACGCGGGAAUCCGGUGCAGGAGACAGUCAGCAGCACCAAAGUUUUAUAAGUUAAGGAGUGGUGACCGCGUGCUUCCGCAACACAGCGGGUCAGCUGAUUUAAGCGGGACGCGGAAACAGUAAAAGCCAACUGCAAGGCGUCAGAAAACCUCCAAAGUAGCAGCACCACGUUCACAGGAAUCAAUAGUGGAUAUCGACAACGUGAGCGAGAAGACCAACUCUGACUUCAGCUCCUCAACAAAACUAAACAAAACAAACCAAAAGCCUCCGAGCUGUCAUCCUCAGGACGACGUCAUGACUCACAGGGAGUCACCGUUCGUUUUAAACGGAACUCAAGUGUCAUACAUUGGACACGACUCCGAGGACAUCCCCCACUCUCUUGGGGAGAGGUACGGCAAGCUUGCGAAACGAGUGGAUCUGAGUUUCAACCAGCUCAGGUCACUGGCAAGCCUCAAAAUGUUUACAGAGCUGGAAGAGUUGGUCGUUGACAACAAUCUGCUUGGAAAUGACCUCCAGUUGCCCAGAUUACCCAAACUCCACACCCUGACACUCAAUAAGAACCAACUGACUGAUAUCGAAGCCCUGCUGGAACACUUGGCUGACGUGACCCCAUCGCUGGAGUACCUAAGCCUUCUGGGAAAUGAGGCCUGCCCAAACCAGCUGGUGAGCCCGGAUAAGGAUGACGACGACUACCAGAGAUACAGGUACUUUGUACUUUACAAGUUACCCCAGCUGAAGUUUCUGGACUCCAGAAGAGUAACGAAAAAAGAAUCGAUGGAGGCACAGGCCAGAGGGGCAUUCAUGAAAGUUGUGAAGCCGAAGUCGGAAGGAGUUCCUAAUGAGGCUGGAUUAGAGAAUUGCCCACUGCCCUACACACCUCUGCCCCAGGGAUCCAGAGAUGCCAAAAACCACAAAGCCAUCUGCACCCACCAUGUCACCUGUAUGGAAGCCCCAGAGCCUGGAUGCCACAGGGGUAUUCGCCAAGUGUCGCUACAUCUACUAUGGCAAGCACUCAGAAGGCAACAGAUUCAUCCGCAACGAUCAGCUCUGAUGUCCACAGGAUGCUCUCAGAGGGGUCAUUCUUUUAUUUAUUAAAACCACUGGGGAUUUUUUUUCAAUUACCUAAUCUACUGCUGGAAACAGAUCACUUUUAUCCAAAUGUGUUGUUGCACUUAUGCACGAUAAAUACAUUCUUGUUUAUAUCAUAUUUUAGAGCAAUUGUUUCAGUCUACUCUCCUGAGCUGAGUCUGCUUCCUUUUUCCUGCUUCCAGCUCAGAGUCAGAGAUGACACUCUCACUGACAGGAUUGCCUCUAAGCAUCAGCUGCAACACAACUCACACACACACACACACAGUCUCCCUGCCUUAAUUGUCUUACACACAGGCAGCAAAAACAUACCCAAUUGCUUCCUUUUUUUUUUGACACCCAUGAUGGAUCACUUGUCCACUACAGCUACUAAUCAAGGGGAAAGGGAUGGCGGUCACACACCUGGGCCCUGACAUGGACUCCUCUUCAUUGUUGUUUCUCAAAUUUUUCUUCUCUCGUUUUAUCUCCAAGGCUUGCGUUCACAACUGCUGUUUAAAUCAUUCAGUUAAGUCUGAGAGAAAGAGCUGAAAGCAGCUACAGCUGAGAAUUGGUGUCUUCAUGCACAGCAAUGUUCCAGAUUUUGACAUUGUUCUAGACAUUGAAAUUGUGUUUGCAGGAGCUGUAAAUAGUUUUCUAUUCUUACUGCUGUUUAUACGUUACAGACCAUAGUGGAAUUACAUCCUCCUACACAAUUUGAUUUGUUUGGCCACCCACUGGAACCCUUAUUAGCUGACGGCCUCUCAAAACAUAAUACUUCACCCAGUCUUUUCCUUUCCUUUAAUAGGUAAGUCACAAGAAAUGGCAAUAUAGAUAUAUUUUGUCAUUUACAUCAUAAAAGUCUUAGAUGAAAAAAUGUCAUCGCUUACAAAAUCAUAAAGGAAACUUAAUAUUUAUCAGUAUAGUCAAAAAGCAUGUAAUUUAGAGUCUAAUAGCUCUUCAAAAACAGCUUUAAGGCAUGCGUGAAACAGUGCCAGAGUGUGUUGUUUCCUUAAUGUAGCAAAAUGUCAUGUCUACAUAAUCUGGCUAAGACAAGAAUGCGCCACUCAAAUUAUUUAAAAUCUUAAUCUGUUUAAUACCAGAAUGUUACUGUACCUGGAAACAUAUGUAGUGUGUGUUUUAGUUUAAGUUAUGAUUGGCAGUGAUUUAUUCUAUGAUAUAUUGACACAAAUGUGUCAUCUGAAGGAAGUCAGUGGAUGUUUUUUGAAAAAUGUUCAUUGGAUCCACUUGAUUUAAAUCCUAAAAUCAUUCCAUUACCUACCUUGGUGUGGACCCCUAAUAAAUUAAUUUUUACAUUCCAGAAAUAGUCAUUUUUAAAAGUUUUGGCACCCUGGUCAUUUUGAGUAACAACUGAUCUCCAAAUUCAACUCUGUAACAAGCAUUAUUAGAUUAAUUUUGAAAUAAAUAAAAAAACGGCAUGCAAAAGUUUGACCACCAAACAUGUUGAUUCUGUUUUUCAUCAACAUCUCAUGUUGAAGCGAGAGGUUUGCAGUUUAUCCUUAUGAUGUCCCACAGAUCAGUAGACGUGUUUUAUAAACCAUAAAAUGAUUUAACAUGGUUUGAAAAAGUAACUAACAUUAAGGUUACCAAAUAGUGGGUUAAAAAGAAUAACCCCAAACAGAAACAAAUAAUAUUUUAAAUAAAGUGAACAAAUUUUAUUCAUCCAUCCAUCACAAAUGCUGAACUUAGCUAACAAAAGCUAAUUAGCUAAUAUUAUAAAUGAACAAAUUGUUCUCUAGGGCAAACUAAAGUUAUUACGACAAACCAGUGACUAUACUCUUAUCAUACAGCAUAAUUUAACCACUUACAUUUCUUAUUUAACCCUGUGGAAGAGGUUCAGUGAAGUCUGACCACAUUGUUUAAUUGUUCAAAAUGGCGGUCUGUGACAACUGAUGAGGCUCGUUCCAAUCUCUUCUCUAACCUUAAUAACUGGGAUCACAAUAUUUGAUCUGAUGUUUUGUUAAAACAACCCAGCUUCUGUCCCAGUAGUUUUUUGUUUUUGUUUGCAUGUGUAUGGCAUUCUGUGAAAACUCAUCAAAUUACAAAAGAAAUGGGCUGAACCACAUCAGAUCACACUCACCCUGUUGGGUGUAAAAUUAGCUUUGGGCUUUUUUUUGCUAAAUAUCGGCUGAAAUACUUUGAUAUUGGAUGUCCAGAAUCUAUUAAUCCAUCUAACAUUAUUAUUCUUAAUUUUGUUUAGGUUUCCUACGAUGUCUUAGCCGUUGUUUAUACUUGCUGUGAUUUUUAUUUUAUUUGUAUUGAAGUGCACUUCAAAUAUAAAUGACGUUUGAAGACAUACACUGGACUUUCUCAUUGGUUACCCUGUUUAUGUGAAUGUUAUUAUCGUUAGUCUUGUACACUGUGUCUAGGGUACACUGGUUUCAAGGGAACGUUCCGGUUUAAGGUUUUGAACAAACAUUUAAUUUCUAACAACUGAUCUGAGAAAAAAAUAUAUUAGUUUUAUGUGAUUAAAAAGGUUCAACUCAGAUGUGUUUGAGCUUAUUGUAUUUUUUAUGUCUACUCCUGGACCAGUACAAUGCAUGGAUGCCUAAUGAUGAAAUAUGUAAAUGUUUUUUGCAUAAAGCCCAUAAAGUUGAUCAAAAAAUA